AUCCCGUUGCGUGCAGCUCGUGGAACGUCGAUAAAACCAAAACCAAGUUAUAAAUCUCCUUAAAGACCCUCAACAAAAAAAAACACACGUUUUAAAAUGGCCUUUAAGUAUCUGAUUUUCGCAUCGGCUCUGUGCCUGGGCAUGGCCUAUCCAUUGGAUCAUCAUUACUACGAGGAGAGUCACGGUGGCUACGAGCAUUUGGCUCAUCACGAGGCUGAGCCAAUUCACGAAUAUGGUCAUGAGCAUCAGCAUCAGAUUGAGCGCAUUUCGCUGGGCGAGGAGCAUGGUCAUCAUGAGCAUCCCCACUACGAGGUAGAGGAUCAUGGUCAUGAGGACGAACAUGUCGACUACUAUGCUCCUCCCAAAUAUGCCUUCAAGUAUGGCGUCAACGAUUUCCACACCGGCGAUGUCAAGUCCCAGCACGAGACUCGUGAUGGUGACACCGUCAAGGGACAAUACUCUCUGGUGGAGCCCGAUGGUUCCAUUCGUACCGUCGACUACACUGCCGACAAGCACAAUGGCUUCAAUGCUGUCGUCCACAAGACGGCGCCAGUGCAUCAUCAUGAGGAGAUCCAUGAGCAUCACGAUCAUCAUGAGCAUCACUACUAAAGCAUACUAAAACGCAUACGCUGAACGCAACAGACCAUAACUAUGUUUAACUAUAUGCACUAGAGUUAGCCAAAUUUGCUACAGCAACGUCAUCAAUCAAUCAGCCAAUCAAUCAAUCCACAUUUCACACAACAGCGAACAUACGAAAACAUCAACGAAACGAUCGAUCCAUGUCAAGAAUGUAAUAUAUAAUCAGCUUCAUAUCUCGUAAUUAGGACACUGACAAUCUGAUCCAUGCAUCUCGAUGUGUCCUCUCACAAUCGAGUUUGCUUGGCAUCUCAUGCAUAAUACUUCAUAAUACUCAUAUCAUCAUAUCAAUCUAAUAUCGUAUUUUAUUUCUGUGAUAGCAAAUACUUUUCACUUAAACAACUAACCCUUAAUGCCUGUCCUACUCUCAAUUUCUAUAAACUGUUUCUUAGUCAUUAUCUAGCUAGGAUUCAUGCUCUCUUAACGCUAGUUCAUUCACUCAGACGAAUUUAUCAAUCAUCUACCAUCUACUGUAACUAUCAUAUAAUAUUGUAUACAGAGAACAAACAAAAUGAAACGAACAAAAAAACACUUGUAAAUUGUGUAAUAAACAAAUGUGAAUUAUGUACUUUUUAUAAAAUCAAA